ACUGUCCAAAUACUUAUGCACCUAACUGUAUAUGGGUCCAUAAAACAUGUGGAUUACCUGCUGUUAUCAUAAAAAGAAUGAACUGGUGGAGAUGAUUAACUUUCUAGAUGAAAUGAAAGGAUGAGGAUGAUAAUGACACCAUUUAAACCUAAAGAUCCCCUCCAGACAUGUUAAUAAUUUGUGAAUGAUCGUGGGUUCUCCCCCACUUUUUUUUUUUUUAAUUAAUUGUUUAGAAGUUCUUUAAAUUAAAUCUGCUCCUUCAAUAGUAAUCUAUGGAUGUAUGAAUAUUUUACACAAGAUGUCUCCUCAGUGCAUGUUCUCCGGAGGCUUCGAGUCUCCGAGUCUCCACAUCACACUCGGGGCAAGUUAAAGUGAGGGAGGGCACCAAGAAGCUGUACAGCAGUGCCCCCUACCGCCAGAACUGCGAUUUACCAACACAACAACAACAGAAAAGAAAGGGAAAAAACUGCUUUCGCUUUCCAAACGUCAGUGGAAGCAGGAACCGAGAACACAUUUGUGGGCAGAGCCACAAGAGAAGCUUUGAUCAAACUUGUUGGAACUUCCGCCUCUAUGCCACCGAUGGACCCGAUUGAUUGUCUGGAGUCUGAGGCGCUGCUGCGGUUUUUCCACUGUCACAAAACAGAAAUGUCCUGCAUCAAAAAGCCGCGCACAUUUCUCAGCCAGCUCAAGGAUUACGACCUCAUCCCGGACGACAGAUACAAGGUUAGGUGCAGGAGUGGAAGCGUUCCGCGUUUGUUACUGCCCUCCUCGCACACAGGGAGCGUGGAAGGUGAGUCGCGUGAAGAGUAAGGAAAGCAUGAAGAUAGCCCUUUAUGAUAUUUUGGACUGGUUUGAGAGAGAGCAAUCCCAGCACAUCCAUGUGUUCUGGAGAUGUGUCUUCAAGGAGACCAUGAUGACCCUCUACCCAAUCCUGCGACAGCUGCGCCAAAGCCUCGUGGACGCGUCCUUGCAUUUUGACACACAACUGCCCGAGAAGGUGGCAAGGGAAGAGACACAAAUAAGGAAAAGGAAAGAGCUUUCAGAAGAUGAAACGGAAGAGGUGAAGCAAGUUAACUCAGUGAAAAAGAAGAGGAAACAAAAAAGUAGAAGCGUGUACGACGAUGAGGAGCAGCAGCCCGGUCCAUCAUCUGAGCUGACUGCAGGUCGGAGGAAAAAGUCCAAGAAAAUAUGUUUCUCUUCUCCCUUAAAGAAGGGAGAGAAGAGUGACUUUUGGACCUGGCCCAUUUAUAAGACCCUGCUGCCCGUGAAAUGUGGACAUGAAGAGGGGAUACUGAGCAGAGACAGACUGGCUAAAGGGAAGAAGUGCAUUUUGUUCCAGCAAAAGUGGUCUACUCCCAAUAAAUUUGAGAAGUUUGCAAGGAAGAGGAGCUCAAAGAACCGGAAGUUGAGCAUUCAAUGUAUGGGCAUCCCCCUGGGAAAACUUAUAAUGGAAGGGCACCUGAAAUCAGCAAGUUACAGGGGAGGGCCUAGAAAGGAACCAAAGCUGGCCAAGAGGUCCCUGUUCCCAUCUGAUCAAGUCAUCACAGUGUCUGACGAAGAAGAAGUAGAAGAUGAAAAUGGGGAUGAGAAGGAUGAGCUGGAAAACCAGGAGGACCAGGUUUCCUCUGGCGACCAAAAAAAUUCAGAAGAUAUCACAGAAGGAUUCGGAGAGUCUGAGGAACAGACUGAGCAGCAGCCAGAAGCCGACAGUGAGAGUAGCAUGACAGUGUUCAAAGUUACAUGUGGAGAUGUAGCUGGGACCUUACACAAAAAACGUUUUGGAUCAGGGACUAAUGGGAAGAGUAUUCGUACUGAGACGAGCUGGUUGAGCCCCAUGGAGUUUGUGAAGGAAGUAUCAAGUCAGAGAGACGCCACCUGGAAGAAAGACAUCAAGUGGGAAGGAAAACCACUGAAUGUCCUCAUAAAGGCAGAAAUCUUGAGGAUCCACUCACUGCUGUGUACUUGCAGCCUAUGCGGACCAGAUCAUGAAGACCUGGAGAAUCAGAAAAACGAUGAUGAGUGUUGGAUCUGUAAAAGUGAAGAAGAAGCAGAGCUGGUGCUGUGUGAUCACUGCCCUCGCUCUUUCCACCAGAAAUGUCACCUGCCUCAUGUAGAUAAAUGCAUUUUGGGGGACAAACGCCCUUGGAUGUGUACAUUCUGUGUAUUACGAACCAAUCAAGAGUGGCGUUACAGUGAUGAGCUGGAAAUGAAAGCAGCCAUGUCCCACCAAAUAUCACAACACAUGCUGGAAUGUCAUUAUCUCCUCCUGUGUUUGUGCAGUGCUGAUGAGGAACAAACUUUUGCUUCAAACCCAAGCCUCCAUUUGGAAAAUUACUCCACUGUUAUCCAGACUCCGAUGUGGUUUGGCAAUGUGGCAGAAAAACUCCAGAAGAAAGAAUACCAAAUGGUUGGAGAGUUUGUGUCCGACAUCCAGCUCAUUUUUACCAACUGUGCCUCAUACAACCAAGCUAAUCCUGAAGUCCUUGCAACUGGCGACCGACUGAAGGAGUUAUUUAACGGAGAAUUAAAGAAAGUCUUCAACAUCUGUGAACAGACAGAUAAAUAGUGUUAAGUUUUCAAACUCAGUAACCUUGGGGAAAGGGUUAGAAAUAUGUAAUUACUGACAGCAACAGUAAUGCCUGUUUUGGUAGAUUUUUGUUCCUUGUCCCUUGUAUUUAGUUAAAAAUAACCUUUUACAGGAAUUUUACUUGUCUGUAUUCUAAAAUCAUCCAACUUCAUUUGCAAACUUUUUGCACUGCAAAAGUUAACUUUUAAAUUAAAGUGUUAACAUACAUAUAUAGAGGACACACCCUACAAAAGUGCCACAUUUUGUUUGAUUGAAGUCAGUCUCAGUAUACCCACUGUUCAGAUACUGUCACUGCUGGGAAACAGUACACAUAUAAAUUUUUGGAUCAUCCUCAACAAAUUAAUAUUUCAAUAUAACAUAAUGAUACUACAAUGUAGUAAAAAUAGAUUUUUCCCAUUGUUUGUUUCAUUUACUCACAAAAGUUAUUUACUCACAAAACUACAUAUUAACCUAUUUCUCUUUCAGUGAUAUGAAAAACAAAUAACCAAAGGUUUCAUAUUUCAGUGGUUUUUCAUACUUUGGAAGAGUUUGUGAGUUGCUCUCAACCUUGUUCUUUAUUGUCAUGUUUUUCUGAUAUGAAUAUAUGUAUUCAAAAAGCCUAAAUGUGGUUCCCUAAAGCAUUUCAAUCAUGCAAGAUAUCAGGAUUCCCAUGUUAUUACACAAUAAUUAAAGUAUUCACUUGUGCUCUCUCUGAUGUGUUGC